ACGUCAACAACAAUCUGUCGGCAGAAAAAGAAAUCAGUUCGCGAAAUUCGUUCGUUGUCAUCAUUUUCUUGCGUGAAAAAAAGUGUUUUAAAAACGUAUUUUACCUCAAUAAAGCAGCCUCAAUGAGCUUCAAUGUGCUAUCGCUAUUUAACAUAACGUCUCUGCUAUCGGAAUAUUUUAAACUGUUCGAAAUCGCGUUUCCCUCAUCGGCUGGAAGUCCCGAAAGCGGAGAAGAAGCAAAGUCUCCUGUUGAGGACGGCGCAGAAACUCUUGACACGGAUUAUUACUCAUCCCAACAGCAGUUCGAUUUCAGCAUCCUUGCCAACAUCUGGUGCACGAUAAAGGAAACCGUUCGCCUGUGGCUGGAGGCCGUCGGAAGUCCGCUGGAAUUCACCGAGUUCCAGUUGCACAUCGGCAAGACCUUUCUGAUUAUCCUUUGCGUGAAUUUGCUGCUGAUUGGAUUCUAUUGGAGAAAGUACGGAAGAAUUAUCACCGAUCGCUUCAUUCGUCCGAGUACCGCAAAAGAGAUCGAAGAGCUCAAGUUAUCUGUGGCACGGCUUAAGCUACCAAAGGAACACAGUCCCAGAAUAUAAACGAACACACUCGCAAAAAUGUCCAACAAACUAAAGAAAUUCAUCGCCAAGCAGAAGCUGAAGUUUGGUGCCGCUGGUUCCGGACGAAAGUUAAACUCCGAAGUCCCGCAGCCCUGCAGCUCAUCGCAAAAAGCUCAUUCAUCUUUUAGCAGAGAUGUUUAUGUACCACCAAAGCGGAAGGAGCUUUCAGCCGAAGCAAAGGCAGCUGCUGAAGCUGCAUUAGCACGUGUUCAAAGCACGGAUAAAAAGGAGUUCAACACUUCUCUGGCAGCAAUCAAGGCUCAAGUUCGUCGUGAGUUGGAAAUGGAACGCAAAGCAAAAGAAUCAACCCUUCAAGAAGGUUCCAGUGGAGAUAACAAUGCUGACAAUGAAAGGAAAGACCUCGCUGUCCAAGGCGUUUUCUUCCGAUGUCCACUAAUCAGCGAAGAAAUUCUGCCUCGUAAAGAGUGGAAAGUUAAGAUCAAAGACUUCUUAUACGAACAAAUGCAACACGAGAGAGGCCUGUCGGCAUGUUUGAUAGUAUACAAUUGUAAUCCUAAAGAAAAAUACGAACCAUGUGUCGAAACUCUUAUCAAAUGCUUAGAAAACAUACAGAACAACCCCAAUGAAGAGAAGUAUAAGAAAAUAAGGAUGACCAAUAGAAUGUUCUGCGACAAGAUUAAGGUUUGUGAAGGAGCAUUGGAACUUUUGCAUGCUGCUGGCUUUGAGGAAAUCACAAUAGACGAUGAACCUUAUUUGAUUUGGUCAGAAGAAAAUAUGGAAUCCGAAACUACCCUUCAGAGCCUCAUAGAAGCACUGAAAUGUUCCGAACCCAUCCAUUUGGAGUUGGAUCGUAACAUUCAGGUGCUUCUACCGUCCCAGGUUCGCAGAACCAAUCUUCCGGAUGAUUUCUACCGUAUAUCCCCUGAAGAAAUCAAACGCGAGCAACUACGACGCACGCAGGCAUUGGAGGAUGCCCAAAUUCUUAAAACCAAAGCAAUGCGAGAAAAGGAAGAACUGCGCACCCUCAACCGUUACAAGUUUACGCUGAUAAGAGUUCGCUUUCCUAACGGGGUUUUUCUGCAAGGAACCUUCAACGUGUACGAAAAGCUGUCCCAAGUGUAUGAAUUUGUACAGUCCUGCCUAAUGCAUGAAGCGUCGGAAUUUGUCCUGAUCUCAUCUACCGAACAGCGAUUCACGGAAGCCGACUUUGACAAAUCGCUGUACGACCUAAAAUUGGUUCCCACGAUUUUGUUUAACUUUAGCUACGAAAACGAGUCCCAGCAACUGAGUGAUUACCUGAAGGAGGAACUUAUGCUGCUUAUUCAAUCUAUCUAGAGCACCAGUUUUAUUGUUUUGUUUUAUCUAUUAUUGUUUAUUUUUGGCAUUCGAAAUUAUGCGUACCAAUCUAUAAUAUUUAUGUGCUCUUUUAGAGGCUAUUGAAAAAAAUGAAAAUAAAAAA